AAAGACACUUCUCUUCUACUGUGUUUUAUCCUUACUUCUCUCUCUCUCUCUCUCUCUUCUCUCUGGUCACACACGCAUACACUCUGCUUCCUAAUUUGGCCGCCGAUCGCCGACUCAAUUGGAUAUCAGCUUCACUUCACAACUCCGAUCAACAAGAAUGUCUGAAAAAGGGGGUCGAUUAUUAAGAUGUUAACACUGUAAAAGCUGAAGCAUUUCCCCCCUUCUGUUUAACAUCAUAAACAGCAGGGGAAGAAGGAAAAGUUGGUAAUUUACCAUAUUCUCCCUACCAUUCACAAAUGAAUAUAGAGAGAGAUUGUUCAUUCCAAGGUUACCACCCAGUUGAGGUUUGUUGGGCUCCAGCUACCCCUGCAAUUGCAAUUGCAAAUGCAGAUUCUUCAAACCCGAAAAUGAACUUCGAAAACGGACCCGAUAAUCGAUUUAACAAAGCCACAUUCGGGAUUGGAACAAGGAGUUUUGGUUUAGAAGAUGCAGUUUUUGAAAGGAAUACUGGAGGAAUGUAUGAUGGCAGAUUUUUGAUGAAUAAUAUGUGGAAUACUAUUCCUUGUAGUGAUCUACUUGCACUCGCAGAUGCAGCAAUCACCACAAAAAGUGAAGUAAAUAUGCAUUUUCAGAAUCGGAAUCAGAAUCAGAAUCACGAAGGUGGAAUGAGUUUCAUAUCUGAUUCACAACAAUACAGGCAGCAUGAACGAACGAGGUAUUUGUUUGAUCUAAAUUCACCACCGAUAGCAACAGACCCACAGUUGAUCACAGGCAUCUCGUCCCAAUUAUCACCGGUAACACCAAAGAUAACCAGAAGGGUAGACCAUCGACAGGUGGUGUCUGAUAUAAUAAAUUUAGAUGAAGAUGGAAGUACAGAUGAAGCUGCUGAUAAGCAGGACAAUGAAAGGUCUGAUCCCGAACAGCCACAGCUGAUUCUCGAACAAUCACAAGACACUAUUUCUAUGCAGUUGGAGGAGGUAAAUGGAGACUUUGAAGAAGAAUUGAGUGAUGAUUUUAAUCCGAAGAAAACGCCACAGCCAAAACAAAGAAGAAGAAAGCACAGACCAAAAGUGGUUAUAGAAAGUAAACCCAAAAGUGCUAAAAAGUCGACCCCCCCACAACCCGAUGGUUCCUCAACUGGAAAGAGGAAGUAUGUCAGAAAGAUUAUGUCUGAAAGAUCCACAGAAACACCCACAAGCGAAGCUUCACUUCCGAAAACUAGGAAUUCCUGUAGGAGAAAGAUCAACUUUGAAGAAGAGCAGAAUUUGCAUACAGAACUUCAGGGGAUAAAAAAGAAGACAGAAAUCGAGUUAAUGUGUGAUAAAGAAUUCUUAACGGAUCAGAUGACAAUGUUAAGCCCUAUAACCCCAAACAAGUCUGAGCUAAGACAUGAGAGACUGGCAAAAGACGUGAAUCCCAUGAGUAUGAGAGCAAAACGUAAUUUAAGUUUCUCACGAAAAGCUCAUGAUAAUGAUUCUAACUGCAGUACAAGUGGAUGUUUUAACGAGGAUGGUCAAGAAACAAGGGGGUCAAAGCGAGAAUGUUCAGGUGACGAAAAUGGAUUGGGAAACCGUUGCAACAACUCUUUGGAGGCAUAUCUAUCAAUGAUUACAAACUUUCCAGCAAUUUACAAGAAAAAGAGAACCGAAAAGUGUCAGAGUUCAGUCACAUUCAGGGCAGUUUCUUCCAUUUGGUCGCCAGAAUACAAUAACCGCAGCUUUCCUGAAACAUCAACAGUGUAUGGCCUAAACUUUCAGCAGUCUUACAAGCAUAUGUUGGCAUUUGGUCAUGUGGAAAGUUUUAGAAAGAAGAGAAGCAAGGGUGUAAAACGGAUGCGUGACUUGGCUUCAUUUGCUGGAAUGAUAGAGGGUAAAAAAUCAGCUAGUAAAGCUUUAUGUCAACAUCAUACCUGCAUGGAAGCCCUUUCAGCCGACUUUAGUGCAAGUAUAGCAACAAAGAAACGAACCAAGAGAAAAUAUAUCGUGCCCUCCUCUUCGUAUCAUAAUCACUGGUUCCUCAAGAACUAUACAGGUUUUCAUCCAAGUUUAAGAUGGAGAAACCCAUAUGAUAUCGAUGCACUCAUAAACCAAUUUGAGAGUAUGAGCCUCAACAAUCGAAUGGUGGAACAAGACCAGCAUGCACUUGUCCCGUACUCAACGAGAUACCGGGAGAAGAAUGCACUUGUUUUAUAUAAACAAGACAAAAGUGUUGUUCCUUUUGAAGGCUCCUAUCAACUAAGAAGAAGAAAGCCACGCCCUAAAGUCGACCUUGAUGAUGAGACAAGCAGAGUGUGGAGGCUUCUGUUGGAAGAUAUAAACAGUAAAGGAAUAGAUGGGACAGAUGAAGAUAAAGAAAAAUGGUGGGAAGAAGAACGAAAUGUAUUCAGUGGAAGAGCGGCUUCGUUCAUCGCAAGAAUGCACCUUGUUCAAGGGGACAGACGUUUCUCGCGGUGGAAAGGGUCUGUUGUAGACUCUGUCAUUGGAGUUUUCCUUACCCAGAAUGUAUCAGAUCAUCUCUCCAGUUCGGCAUUCAUGAAUCUUGCUGCCAGAUAUCCCCUCAAGUCAAAGAGCAGCAAUGAACCACUUCAGGAUGACAAAUCGAGCAUAUCUGUCAAAGAACCAUGCCAAUUGGAUUUAGAAGAAACCAUCAGAUGGCAUGAAGGGAAUUCAAAUCAGCAACCAGCUCAAGAUCAUGGUUCUAUAAUGCUGCAGGAUGCUGAUUCAUAUGAAGAAAAAGAAGUUGUGAACAGCAAUGAACGUAGUGUCAGGUUGAAGGAUAUAUUGAGUGGUGAGGUUCUAGAGAUAUCUAGAAACGACUCUGGAAUCUUAGAAAGUUUUACACAAGAAAACAGAGGAGUUGAUGAUUUAGUCUCUCCACAGAACUCAGUUGAUACAUGUCCAAACUCUGUACAAUCUUCAAUUGUUGAUACUGCUGAAAGAUUAGGAUCUUGGUUGGUGAGGAACUCUCAAUCAGAACCACUGGAUGCAUCUAAACCCAUAAUUUCUGAAAUGUUCACUUCUUUUGCAUCCACAAAGUUACAUGAAGUUUAUAGUCAAGAGCAAGCACACAAGCCAUCUAAUAAGAGGAUUGGGCAAGAUAAAUUAGGAAGUAUAAAUAACUCGCCUGAACAGAAUGAGGGCAUAUCUCAUGACCAUAUUACUUCAGGACUCAGAAUUCCUCCCAAAGAUCAUGAGUUGCAAACUGCCCAUGGUUCAGCAGCUCUAGAAGCUGAAUAUAUUGAGCUGAGAGAAGAAAGAAUAAUUAUCGACAACAAACCUGAAGAGAAGUGUGCAAGUGAACAGAGCGAAAUAUCAGCAGAAUCUGCAAGCCAAGCUACAGUUGAAAUGGUCAGGACAAGAAGCUUCCAAGAAACACCCAUAUCCUGCAACACCCUUCAAAGUCGGACGAUAUCAGAGAAUUCAAUUAUUGUCACCAAUCAACACGCUCAUGAGAAUAAUUGCAAUGCACAGAAAGCUCUUGAUAUAGAAAAUUGUUCAGCAGAGAUUUCAGAAGUCACUGAAAGCAACAACAUGACAGAUAAUUCAAGAGAGACUGCACAUAAGAUUGUUGAGUCAAAUUCGAAUGAACAUGGCAAUCUUCAAACAACAGCAAGCGGUAUCAACGAGGGUAGUGCUGAAGUAAAGAAGGGGAAAACCAGAAAAGCAAAAAAGAUUAAACCUAAUUGGGAUAGUCUGAGAAUAGGCGCACAAGUAAAUCAUAAGAGGGAAACAACACCGAACACUAAGGAUUCAUUGGAUUAUGAAGCAGUAAGGUGUGCAGAUGUUAAUGAGAUUGCCGAUACCAUCAAGGAUAGGGGUAUGAACAAUAUGCUUGCAGAGAGGAUUAAGGACUUUCUGAAUCGACUUGUAAGAGACCAUGGAAGCAUUGAUCUUGAAUGGUUAAGAGACGUUCCACCUGACAAAGCCAAGGAGUAUCUGCUAAGUUUUAGGGGUUUGGGCUUAAAAAGUGUGGAGUGUGUACGGCUACUGACACUUCAUCAUCUUGCUUUUCCGGUUGACACAAAUGUGGGACGCAUAGCUGUAAGGCUUGGAUGGGUACCCUUGCAACCACUUCCCGAGUCUCUUCAGUUGCAUCUUCUAGAAUUGUAUCCAGUUUUGGAGUCGAUCCAAAAGUAUCUGUGGCCACGACUCUGCAAGCUCGACCAAAGAACUUUGUAUGAAUUACAUUACCAGAUGAUUACUUUUGGGAAGGUUUUCUGUACGAAGAACAAACCAAAUUGCAAUGCAUGUCCAAUGAGAGGAGAAUGCAGACAUUUUGCAAGUGCAUUUGCAAGUGCAAGGCUUGCGCUGCCAGCACCUGAAGAGAGAAGUAUAGUGAGUGCAACAGAAAACAAAAUCCCUGAUCAAAGCCCUACAAGGAUCACCAGUCAACUCCACUUAACUCUACCUCUAGAUAAUCACUGUCUGCACCAACAGUCCCAAGUCCAAAAUCACGACCCUGUUAUUGAAGAACCAGCAACACCAGAGCCCAUAGUUGAGGUACCAGCAACACCAGAGCCGGAAAAGAUUCAGCAAGAAUCUGAUAUAGAGGACUUCUGUGAAGAUCCUGAAGAAAUUCCAAUGAUCAAACUCAACAUGGAAGCAUUUACUCAGAACUUGCAGACUUACAUGGAAAAUAAUAUGGAACUUGCAGAAGGUGACAUGUCAAGGGCCUUGGUUGCCUUAGCAUCAGAAGCUGCCUCGAUCCCCGCACCUAAACUUAAAAAUGUGAGCCAGCUAAGAACAGAGCACCAAGUCUACGAGCUUCCAGAUUCACAUCCUCUCUUGGAAGGGCUGGACAAGCGAGAGCCUGAUGAUCCUUGCUCAUACCUCCUUGCAAUUUGGACCCCUGGUGAAACUGCAGAAUCAAUUCAGCCACCAGGAGUAAGGUGUAGCUCCGAAGAAUCUGGUACAUUAUGUCACAAAGAAACAUGUUUCUCGUGCAACAGCAUCCGAGAAGCAAAUUCUCAAACCAUUAGAGGAACACUGUUGAUACCAUGUCGAACUGCUAUGAGAGGGAGCUUCCCACUCAACGGUACAUACUUCCAAGUUAAUGAGGUGUUUGCGGAUCAUGAUUCUAGCCUUAACCCAAUUGAUGUCCCCAGAUCUUGGUUAUGGAAUUUACCAAGAAGAACAGUGUACUUUGGAACUUCAAUACCGACAAUAUUCAAAGGCCUGACAACAGAAGGUAUUCAAUAUUGCUUCUGGCGAGGGUUUGUUUGUGUGAGGGGAUUUGACCAGAAGACACGUGCACCACGUCCCCUUAUGGCCAGACUACAUUUCCCAGCUAGCAAGUUAAGAAGAUCAAAGGGGAUGGCUGAUGAAACUUAGACAUCAUAGAGACAAGCCUGACUAACUGUAAUAACCAAACAUAAAUAGGCUGCUUCUCAUUUUUUAUAUUCUUUUAGAUAUUGAUGGCAGAUUCUUCAAAUCACCAAAGUUCUUUUCAAA